CUUCAGGCUACCCUAUUCUUACUGAAUUUGAUCCUCGCCAAGCAACCUGUUUAUUCCUCUUCUCACGCCUCGCCAGCAUCAAAUAUACCCCAACGAUAAACCGGCUCUCAGCCACAUAGCAUAUCCUAUAACAAUCUUCCUACCCAUCUGCCGAGCUACCCCACUCAUACGAGCUCGUGACAGACUUUGCCAUCCCUUUACAAACAGCCUUCCCCUUAACUCCUCCCUCCCCCCAUUUCCUUCCAAGUGUCUUAUAUUCACAAUUGCGAAACCACUAAAAACCACAAUGGGACAAGCUUUCUCUUCUCCCGCCAAGAUUCAAUGCCCAGAUUUUGCUACAGAUCGAGAACCAAGCAGCUUUGCUUCCACUUCUAAAUCAUAUCGAUCCCCUAAACCGCAAUACGCUUUCCGCUGCUGCCAAUGCAGGCAACCAUCAUUUAAUGGGUUGGAAUGUGACGGUUGUGGUCAUCCUCAAUGCCGUCGUUGUAAGUAGAGAACCGGUGGAAACCAAACUUUCCCAAUGUUUGUCUGUGGUACUACUGUUUCCACGAUCAGGGGCUACAACUGCUUGGAUAUAUCUAUGUCAUUCUGUUGCGGUAUUGCCUAUGGGAGUGCGUGGCUUCAUGAGGUGACUUAUGAGUUGCACCCUUGGUUUUCUUGGUUGCGCUGUUAGCAGUCAGUAUCAGAAAAGUCAUUUAUCUGCAAAUAUUCUUGUGAUCGGCGCAUGGUUAAUGGGUAUUUCGAGGUUGACCUUGCAGCUAUAUAGCUGCAUGCCUAAACUGUGAUAGCUGCUUCACCAUUCCAAUCACGCACUUACUUCGUUUCUUAAAUUACAAAUGAAAAACUAUGUGUCUUGAAUCCUCACCUGUUGCAACUGCUACUUCCUGGCUGUGGAAAGUUGUUCACGGAUUUUUGCAGUUUUGAUGAAUUCUACGGCGAGUAUCUGGAAUUGGAAUCUCUAGAAUAUAUUUAAGCUUGUCCUGACAUAAUUCACAGUCUGAAGCGACCCCGUAGUUUCUGCAAUAGUAAAUGUCCCAAUAUUAAAUAUUACUUGUUACUGCUUCCGCUCGUCGCGGCUAACUAAGCGCUCUCGCCAAGCAGCCGCUAAUUAACCGAUCUCCACCGCCAAGCAAAAAGUAUCCCGCCGGCCCCCAGAACUAACCUCCGAACGCCGGUCAUACUUCGACACACACACUCUCUCCGGGCGGGAUAUCUACAACAUCCCUACUCAGCUCAGUGCUCACGAGCCUCCCUCUCCCUGCGAAAAUUAUGCCGAAGAGGACUCUGGGAGGAGGCCGAGUCUUGGGCAGUGGAAGGUCUUUAACUCCUACUGUCCCAACACCUUCGCCGCGGAAGGACUCCCGCUUCCACUCCCCAUCGCCCAGCAGCGUUUCUCUCAAUUCCCAAGGUGCUGCCUCUCAUAUCUCAGUAGAUACGCAGGACAUAGUGUCUCGAAUAUCACUGGAAAAUGGAGAUUCAUCUAUAUCGCGGGCUUCGGCGGCGGCAGGAAGCUCCCGGCUCGCUUGCCCCAUUUGCAACGAAGAGAUGCUUACAUUGCUGCAACUGAAUAGACACCUUGACGAUACACACGCGAAUCUCGAGGACGACCGGCAAGUUGAAGUGAAGGACUGGUUUCAGAUACAGGUGGAGAAGGCGAAACGAUUCCAGCCGUUAGCUGUCCUGAAUCAGAAACUAAAAGGGCUCGAUGUCUUCGAAUCAAAUCACAAUGCGGCAGUGUCCGUUUCCGUCCCCACCCGAACCCCGUUAGGUCAGGCAGGUCCUGAGCUAUCAAGGAUACCGGAUCCAGAUGAAGUGGUUACAAGAGAACAUUGGCAACCUCGUGGAAUGUACGAUGUAUGUUUAGAACCUAUGUGCCAGAAGCGGCUUACAGUUACCAGCGGUAGCGUCAACUGCCGCAAGUGCGGGAAGCUUUUUUGCGAGGAGCAUACAAUGUAUCAAAUGAAGCUGUCCCGAUCUGCUCAACAUGAACCAGUUCGCGGCUUCUGGUGCAGAGUAUGUGAGACUUGCUAUAAGUCGAGGGAGGGGUAUAAGAGCCAUAACGGCCAGGAGCGUGACCACACUGCGCUAUUUACCGACUUACGGAGGCAAAAAGUAGACAAGGCAUUUUUGGAAGUCUCGCGCCUGGAAAAGCGGCUCACUCGACUUACUCAACUCCUCUCUACACUUCCAGCAGAUCAGAUUCAAUCAGGGGCCAAUAGACGAUGGUCUAUAGCGUGGCAGAAUGAUCAAAGGAAAAAACUUGAACAAUCCGUCGUUAGCUGGCAAGACGAUGCAAGCGUUCCAAGAUGUCCAUUCUGCCAACAAGAUUUUACUAGUUACACAUUUAGGAGGCAUCACUGUCGAACAUGUGGGAGGGUGGUCUGCGGCGAUCCAAUAACAGGAUGCUCUUCCGAAGUUGGCUUAGAAAUUUCUCCAAACAUUCAAGUUUCAGAGAAACCGCCGACGACCCACGAAAAAAUCAACAUUGACGUUCGUCUUUGUAAAGAGUGUAAAUCUACUAUAUUUGACCGAAGAGAUGUUGCCCAAGACCUCAUUAAAGAGCCCCCGGAUCUUCGGGCAUAUAAGAAUCUGGUACAAUUUGAGAAAGGCAUUCGGUUGCUAUUGCCAAGAUUCCAAAAAUUGCUUUCCGCAUUACAAGACCCGGACAAAACCCCGUCCCCUACCCAGCUUUCCGAUGCCUCCAAAGUUCGUAGGCGCCUGAUGGAUUCCUUCGCUCAGUAUGACGUUGCCGCCAGACGAAUACGCGACCUGCCAACACAAUCUCCAACACAGGCCAAGCUCCAGAAAGCUAUCUACCAUCAAGCCACGAAUUUCCUACAUCUCCAUAUGCUUCCCUUAAAAUCACUCCCCAAAGUCCUUAAACAUGCCACUCCCCACGGUAGCAAGCUUCUCCCUAAUACCAACACCGGAACGAUGAACGGCGGCACCAGCGCUCUCGCCGCAAUAAGAUACGGCAACCGAGAUAGUGUAAAUAGCACUACUAGUCUAGCUAGCGACAAUAGCAGCGCGAUCUCCGCACUUGAAACGGAAGAAAAAUCUCUCCGCGAACGCCUCAUCGUGCUUGAGGAGCAGAAGUUCUUCGUAACUGAAAUGAUCGCUGACGCCAACCGCAGACGCAAAUACGAUGAGGCAAGCAGCCUUGCUCAAAAUGCCGAGGACCUCAGUAAAGAGAUUGAUCGCGUUAAUGGAAUGAUUGGCCAGUUGGACUUUGAAGGACUAUAUUCCGGCCAAAUUUCCUGAAGCGAGACCGUACCUCAUUUUUAUAUAUACCUUUUCUGCUGCACACCUCAAGAAACCGCAAGUUUUCCUUUUUUGAAGUGGAUGACUUGAUUUAUAUCAACUCAAUUGUCAAAUUUUAAUAUAAUCCCCGACUCAACCUAGGCUCAAUGCCACUAUCGCCGGACAGCACAACGCCCUCAUCCACCAUCCGUCCCGAUCGACCGUAUUUAUUCUCGAGACUCUUUUCCUAUCCUCCAAAUUGAUGAAACGACGCGAACGCAACGACUUUUCUUAUUUCUGAGUUUUAUGACAUCUUUGGCGCAAAUUCCACGACAACAUCAAAGCGAUGCCAUCCUUUGCCUAUUUUAGCCUGGUUUUGUUAUCAUACCAUUUGUUUCCCAUCAGUCUUACGUCCUUUUUGGAUUACCUUCUUUUUCCUUUUUUUUUUUUUUUUUUUUUUUUUUUUUGGAUAUAUAGACACGGUGCCGGAGGUUGCGCAUUCCGUUGAAGGGAACCAAUGGCGUUCUUCUUUCGUCUACUUAUUUUUGGACAAGGAGGCUAGCUAUUGCUUGUCAUAUAUGUAUCUGCCUUUUUUUUCCAUUCUUGGGCGCAUCGACCUAGCGGGAGUUACUUAUCGGUGUUACUAUAUAUGUGUAUUCUGAUUUCCCCUUCCAUACCUAUGCACAUACAUAUCACUUAAUAUGAAAUUGAUGUCUGUAGCAUGAAUAUUGGCUCUGCGGGAUAGUGUGAUUCGCCAUUCGCUGUGUGUAGAAGAGUCCCACACGCGGGGGUAUACUCAGGCUGGUGUAUAUGGGAUCAACACCACACCAAACCCCCGGCCCCUAGCGAAGCAUAUAUUGAACCAAUAGGAAGAAAGGAAGGGACAAAAGCCAAAGCAAGCAGACUGAUAGCAUAUGCGGAGCCCAAAUGACGAUAAAAACAUAAUCAUUGGCCAUGCCGGAGGGGCCGACAAGGAGAGAGCCACCCCGUAUCCAAACAAAUUGGGCAUACAACAAGUCAUAAUAGAAAAUCCGGAAAGACAAAAUCCGCCUCAAGGCCACCUCGGAGAGCAAAAAGACGACAAAUAAUUAACGCAGUUAAAGGCAGAACACAUCCAACGGCUUCUUCAGAUACGGUGUACCGUGGCAGGUGUAGGGAAGAGGGCAACAAGUCUUUCCGAGUAGUGCAGUGAAGUCAAGAUCAUUCUUGUGGUUCCCCUGUUGUAUCCCCUCCUGUCUCUGCCGCGGUCCCUUCCUCCCCAUUAACCACCUCCGUAUCUCCUCCAUUUCCAUCCACGCUACUCCCCUCGUUUCCACCCACCUCAUCAACCCCAUUAACAACUGCCCCACCGCCGCCACCACCACCACGUCUAACCCCUUCCACCUCUUCCUUCAACCUCUUAACCACACCCAUCAACUCAGCAACCUGCCCUUUCAACUCCCUAACCUCCAACACGCACGGGUCAAGCUCGACAUUCGGCUUCGUCUCCGAAACCUUCAGAUCCCAAUUCUCCGCCUGGAAAUCCAUAAGCAGGUCCUGUGCCGCUUCUUCCCAUUCCUGGACCGUGUCGUCAUCUUCUUCGCCCAGGCGGCGGUUGAGGCGGAUACGUCUGGCGUUCAGCGUCUCGACCAGGGCGGUGAUGAGGAGCAAGGGAGAGUAGAUCACGCCCAUUACGUAGUGGUUUAGGCGCUCGUAGCGGGCUGUGGGGAGCCACCAUUCGAAGGGGAUGAUGAGGAGGAAGAUUUCGAUUAAGUUGAAAGCUGAUUAAGGGGGUGGUUUUGUUAGUGGCAAAACAGUGAUGAUCAGUUUUGUUGAUGAGAGAGAAGAGAGGUAGUGGAAUCAGUGGGAGACGUACGUGCUAUGAAAACGUUUUCAUCAGGGGCGCGGACGAAUUGCAGAGUUCUGUGUGCGAAUAGGGCCAUGUAUUCGUCUAUAGCGUUGCCGGUGAUAUCCUCGUAUGCGCUGUUAUAUAGAGCAAUGAGGAUGUUAAGGAGGACUAGAUGGACGGUGGUCAGACAUUGCUGUAUAUCUACAAUACGCAGGCAGAAUCGAUAUGGCGUGAGGGUUUCGGGAGGAUUACUUACUGACCAUCACCACGAAGGUGAAGAAGUAAUAUAGUAGAAUACCAAAGGGGGCCGAGAAUUCCUGGAAAACGCCAAAAUCCGGGCUUUGCAUGACACUGUUUGCCAUUCCCUGGAGAAUAAUCGAAGGGGUCAUGGCGUUCUGGGGGUCAGCUUGGUCCAUUCCCAUGAACCCUUGCAAGAAUCCAACGAUGACGACUCCCAGUAGGGCAAAGAAUAUCAAACUCUCCUUCAUCAUGACCUUCAGGACCACGAGCAUGGCGCCGAAGAAGCGGAAUGUGUCUAGGUAGAGCAAUAUCCGGCCCCAGAACAUCGGGGCUGAGAAGGCUAAGAAGUUAUAGCUGAGCGCAUUGAACCUCAUUCUCUCAGCGUCACUGCUAUCUGGCGAGUGUGUGAGGGCGACGACGCGUAGGAUGAAUGAGACGAUAAGCAGAAUGUAGAGAGUGGAAUUGAAGGCGUUCCAAAAGCCAAAGUAGAAGCGCCCUACUUUCCAAAACUUGGUAAUCUCAUCGCAUACGAAGCCCAGUGUCAUGAUAUAGAGAAGUCCCUCGACGACAUCAAGAUCACCAGAUGGAUUGAUCGUGUUUAUCACGAUCGUAUAUAGGACCAGGUACAACAGAGAGAAGAAUAUCUGCACCGUAUUCUGAUAGAUUGGGGCUCUCAGUCUAUCAGGGUUGACGUGUGACCAGUAAUGUGUGUUGACUCUUUCUGGGUAUUCGAUGAAGGUGGAAGGGUCUUUAUCGUCCUGGCACAGCCAACCAUGCCAGAGAUACUUGAUGCAUUUCUGGUAGCCAGAGGACCCAAUUACUCGUAAGGCAUGAAGAUCAACCGCCCGUUCGACAGCGUUGACGGGAGGGGUAUUUUCUCCAUCAAUGCACAUCGAGUAGCGUUUCAAGAGCACAUCGUGCAUGAGGUAGUCUUGGUUUUCUUCAGCUUCGAUUCUGUGAAAUGUAAAUAAAUAUAUAAAUAAAUAAACAUAUCAACAAAGAGCAUGGCCCAUUUUCACGCAGG